CCAGCUUCUACCUCUACCUUCCCAAAAUGGAAAUGUUGUUGGGGGGACCCCAGAUAUUUUUGCAUGAGGUUUGUGUUUUAGCGCAGUUUUAGCAACGUCUUAGCUUUUUCGUGGGGUGAGCAUGUCCGCACUUUGGUGCAUUUAGUGCGGACCAUGAAAACCGCGCGCCAAGUUGCAACGUGGGCGCUAAUCAUACUGCAACAUUCAUUCACUCCGCCAGCAUGCUUGAUAUCUUUGCCAUGGAUGGGGACCUCCCUCCGGACACUCGUACGGAGCCCGAGGUUCCAGGGUCGCCAGUUUUGAACUACCGCGUGGUGGAAGACCCAUGGGAAGACGUCCCGGAGCAUGACCCGGACCACGACGACCACCACUCGGACCUCCAUGAUCAUUUCCACGAUGAAAACGAAACUCUCAUGGACCUCCCCAAGGGCCUCCCGAUCAAACAGACCAGGAGGAACUCCGUGGCCACCCUGAACCCGAACCUGGUGGACGUGGAUGUGUUGUCACGGUCGUUUGUGCUGGAGUCCUUGGGAGGGGCCACUUACCGGCCGCGGGCCGCGGACUUUGAACCGAUCAAGGUGUUGGGCCGAGGCAGCUACGGGAAGGUCUUGUUGGUGCGAGAAAGGGCCACAGGCAGACUCUUUGCCCAGAAGCAGAUGAAGAAGAUCAGUCUUCUCAAGACAGACGACACGUCAACUACCGAGACUCCCGGUAACAACAACAACAACCCAGAAGUAAACCACCUAGCCCCCGAGGUUUCUAAGGUCCAAUACCAACGAACACUCAACGAGAAAUCUAUAUUGGCACUUGUGUCGCAUCCAAACAUUGUCAAGCUCUAUUGCGCCUUCCAGGACAACAACAAGGUAUACCUCAUUCUUGAGUAUCUCUCUGGCGGUGAGCUCUUCAGCCACUUGUCGCAGCUCAACUACCUCAACGAGACCCACGCGUCCUACUACAUUGCACAGACCGUUCUUGCGCUCCGGUACCUCCACGGGACACUUCAGGUCAUCUACCGGGACUUGAAGCCCGAGAACUGCAUGCUUAAUGCCAGCGGGAACCUUGUACUCACCGACUUUGGGCUUUCCAAAGUGAGUGAGCUGGAGAACAAGUCCAUGAUUGGCACACCGCAGUACAUGGCCCCGGAGGUUCUUAGGGGAGACCUGUACAACUACCUCGUCGACUGGUGGUCGCUCGGGUGUGUGGCGUUCGACAUGCUCACAGGGUCUCCGCCAUUCACGGGGAACAACAACAAGAAGGUCAUGGACAAGAUCAUCCACUCCAAGAAGUACUUGAAGUACCCGUACUAUCUCCUGAACGACGCCAAGGACUUUCUUCGCCGUCUUCUUCAACUGAACCCGGCGAAGCGUUGGGAUUUGGACAAUGACUUUGAAGCGGUCAAAAAGCACCGGUUCUUCCGUCAUGUCGAUUGGGCCCUGUUGGAGCGCUUGGAUGAGGACGGGGACUCUCUGACAGCACUUCCUCCGAUUCUCCCACUUAUCACCGACCCGGUGUUGGCAGAAAACUUUGACGACGAGUUCACCAACAUGGCCAUCACCCCACCAUCAACUUCAGGGAAGGAUAUUCUACAUGUCAUGGGCUUUUCUUACACGAAUGACGUCUACAUGGAGAGAUUGACGUCGUAGAAGAACGGCUACCGGCGACGGGUGACCCCUCGCAUGACCCUGUAAGGAAGACUUUCCCCUUUGCAGGACAGUAAGACGCUCCGCUGGCCCCUGCUCGGGGAGAGCCACUGCGUGGAGCCUGGCUCCUCUUCGAGGAGACCUCGGUAACUUCCUCGCCAGAGGAACAUGGCCACCACACGGCUAGUGGCCCACGGAGUGCCAGCGGAGCGGCUCGCAUACCCCGUAGGGCAGGAAGACAGCAGGACGCUCCGCUGGCCCCUGCCCGGCGAAGGGCGUGGUGCCUAGCUCCUCUACGAGGAGUGUUACUAGUAGUCUAGUCGGUAGGAACUUCUGGAAUGGACCAUGAAACAUUGUAAUUCUAUAUUUAUUCAUUUAUGUA